AUGUCUCACGUCAGCCUCCUCCUCAUCCUACUCUCACUGGUCGAUCGGUUUGGUGCUCAAAUGAUGUAUACCGGAGCCACAAGAGAUAAGGCUGAGCCGACCCAAGCCUACCAGGAAGAGAAUGAUAUGGACACGAAAUCUUUUUUGAGUCGCGGUAAGCGUCUCUGCGAUCCGGAUGUGAACCAAGCACACGGUUACUACGACGGUUCCGGUGAAAGAAGACUAUUCUUCUGGUUGUUCGAGUCCCGUUCUGAUCCAUCCCACGAUCCUCUCAUCCUCUGGCUCAACGGGGGGCCUGGGUGUAGCAGUAUGAUAGGGCUCUUCUUAGAGAAUGGACCCUGCAGACUUAAUGAGGAUGGAAGGGGCACCAAGCUGAACCCGUAUUCUUGGAAUACCCGAGCGAACCUCCUCUUCGUUGACCAACCUGCCGGGGCUGGCUUUGCUGAGGGACCGCCCGUCACGAGGGGCUCGCACGAAGCCGCUGACGACUUAUAUCUGAACAUGACUAGAGCUGUUGGGAAAUGCACGAGGGGUAUACCACAGUGUUUAGCAGGCGACCAGCUGAUGUGCGAGCGCUUGGCCAAAGUCUGUAACGCCGACUCCAUUGGUGCUCCAUUCAAAAGGCGCGGUAUCAGCAUAUACGAUAUGAGGAUCACAACUAAGGACGGAAGCACAGGCCAAGUUGGAGAUCCGAGGUUGGAUCGUUUUCUCAACCGGUGUGACGUGCAGGAUAUACUUGGUGUUAACAAGAAAUUCACCUCCUGCACAGACGAUGUGAGAGUUGUGGAUGAAAUGCUUGUACUUCAAUCGCAGGUCUCCAUUAUAGGGGACUUCGGGCCUGAAUCAAUUUUCCCCUCUGAUAGUCUUUAUUUGCCCGAUUUACUUGAUGCUGAAAUCGAGAUUCUCCUCUAUGCUGGGGAUCAAGAUUUUGCCGGUAACUGGAUCGGCUGCGAACAAGCAGCAGAUGCGUUGGAAUGGCCCGGUCGGAAUGCAUUCCGCAACGCUCGUCGCUAUGAAUAUAAGGGUAUUGAUGGUAUAUCAGUUGGUCAACUCCGCAGCAUCAGAUGGAAGGAGAAAGGAAUGUUUGGUUUCUUGCAAAGCGAUCUCUCCAAGGAUAUCGAGGUUAUCGAGUGA